AUGCCUGAAUUGGGCGACGUUUCAUCUUUCACGGUGAUCACUGCUUACGUUCAGAUUUGUAUGUUGAAAGCAGAUGCCUCUUCCGAGGAAGAUGAGCUAGCCUACUUCGGUUUCGCCGCAGAUUGCCGUGGACGUCUGGAUCCACCGCUGCCGGAAUUUUACUUCGGAAAUUGCUUAGUUUUCGUGAUUGCAGAAUCUCGGCGCGGAUCGCUGAAGAACAAGGACGGAUUUCUGAUUGUUGUGGAGAGUAUACGAGAGGCGAUUCAAAGAAAUUUGUAUAGCGAUGGGGGAAUCCUCGAAACCACCGAUUGGCCGCUGGAUUUCAAGAGAUUUAGUGGAAAAUGUGUGGUAUCAGUGGCUGGAUCACCGAGAUUUGACGUUUACGAAGCUGAUUUUGGGUGGGGGAAGGCGAGGAAGCAGGAAUUCGUGCAUCUUGAUGGGGAGGAGAGAUCGAUUUCGUUGGGCAAAUCUAGGGAUUUUGAGGGUGGAUUUGAGAUUGGGUUGUCGAGGAACAAGGCUGAAAUGGAUGAACAAGGAGAAGUGGGCUGA